AUGGAUUCAAAUUCUCCUCAAAUCUUCAUUGAUCGUUUGAUCACAGAAUUGGCACAAACUGGACAUUCAAAACCCCUCAAACCACUGAUGUUAACAUUACACUGUCUAUUCCCAAAUGACUUCCUCCCUGCCCUUGAUAUUCUCGACCGCAAACUAGUUCGUCGCAUUGUGCGCUCAGAUCAAUCUGCUACAUCCCUAGAGAAACCCCAAGAUAUUUUCAUUGUGAUAUCUGCCUCCGCGCCGCCUUCACUUCCCGGUUCAUCAGUUUCCCAAGAAAAGGGCUACGAGGUUCGGCUGCGUGCCUGGAAUUGCAGUUGUCCUACAUUUACCCUGUCUGCGUACCGAGACUCUCAAAUCCCGGCGAAUCAUUCGACAAACGAACUGAAUCAGUUGGCCUAUUCAUUUGGCGGAACGCUAGCCUGUGGUACGGCUCGGGUGUCGCCUCCUACCUGCAAACAUAUCCUAGCCUGUAUUCUAUAUACACGGUGUCCUGAGCUGUUCGGGGUUGACGGGGAUGGCAAAUUCACCGUUUCCAAAGAGGAAAUGGCAGGCUGGUGUGCUGGUUGGGGUGGUUGA